CAUUAACAGCUGCCUGGUUGCUAGACUACUCAAUCCGCAACACUGAUAUGAAAACAGUAACCUCUACAUGGAAAGAAAACAACAUUUUAACGGAUUUCAAGAAGAUUAUAGUCCACAGUGUGUAUCACCGGCCCUUUACGAGAAGAGUCAGCAGUUUUGUGGACGUACAACGAGUUGUAGUUUAGCUAACGUCUCUCUUGUUGCCCCAUGUUUUUACUACUAACGUUAGCAAGAGCAGCAACCUAAAGUGCGCCUUUUGACCUGGGAAAAAAGAUGAGAGGAUUAACGUACACACGAAGAAAGUCAAGUUUUCCAACUUAACGCAACUGUUUGCUUGCCAGUUAUGUUUAGCACAACUGCUAAGAUGUCUGUGGAAGCGAGUGAUGUUCAGACAGAUGAAGACUGUGAGGAGCUGGUUGAGGAUGGCUUCUCUUUCUCUGCAGAUUUUUUGGAAAGGAAAACAAGGAGGAAAAGAUCUUCUGGCAAGCCUCCUCCUUCUCCAAGGUCUCCUUACCUCUCCAGUAUGAAUGUGAACCCCAGAAGAGCAGCAGUGGCGGCCUGGAGAGUGCCGAGGCUCUCCCUCGGGGACACCAGAGGUGACACUCCUGGGGAGAGUGGCUCAGCCCACCUCACAUCCCUCAGCAACGGCCAUGAUGUGUCCCAGACGCUGAGAUCAGAGUGCGAUGUCACACCAGAGCUUCUUAAACAAACCUUGAGCAUGAGGAAACACAAACAUCUCCUCUCUGGAUCCAAUGGCUUCACUGUUGGCACAGGCGACUACAGGGAGAAGGAGGACAUGUAUGAUGAGAUUAUUCGCCUCAAGAAGAGUCUCCAGGCACAGAAGUCUGACAACCAAAAAAUGAAAGCCAAACUGCGCCGCCUGGAGGAAGAUAACGCUAAAAGAGAGAAACAGAUAGAAGAACUGUUGGAUCCCACUAAAGGAUCUGAAUAUACUCGUAGCUUGGUGGAUAAGAAAAAAGAAGGAAGUGUGGUUCUGAAUGGGCUGAAACAGAGAAUCCUGAAGCUGGAGCAGCAGUGUAGAGAGAAAGAAAAUGCCCUGAGUAAACUACAAAGUGAGCUGAGGACCACCAACAUGGAGGAGCUGAGCAUCACAGUAGAAACCUACUUUGAUGAGAUUCAGAGGCUGAGGAUGCUUCUAGAAGCUGCAGAGAAAAGUAGCCGAGCAGAGAGUAAAUGUUCCCAGAGGCAGCAGAAAGUUUUAAGCUCCACGGUUCAUCGUCUGUCUGAGAACCUGAAGCAGCUCCAGCAGGAGAACACGGCGCUCAGAGAGGAGCUCAACACUGACAGUCCUGCAGGAGGACUCAAAGGCUACAGAGAGUGGAGUAAACAGAGACUGCUGAGAAGGCUGUUGGAGGUGGAGAAGAGGCUGGAGGACAGCAGGCGACACGCCCAGCCAGCGAAAUGCGGCAGCCGAGUGGACCAGGAGGUCCAAGCCACACCCACUGAGAGUCUGGGGUUUACCAUGGCAACAGAGGCAGGGGUCUCCGUGGGAACUAUGACUGAGGAAGGGGAGGAGGAUUGUGAUCUUAGAGAACGCCUCAGCCAAUCAGAGCGGGAGAGGGUGGAGCUUCAAGAGAUGCUGUCAAGUAAAGAUGAUGAACUGAGACAGCUGAGGACAGAAAGAGAGGAACUGGAGACAGAGACAGAACGAUGGAAAGAUGAGCAGACAAAUGAACGGGACAAAGACAGACAGCAUCAUGAACAGGAGUUGGAGCAGUUGUUGGCAAGGAUCCAGACUCUGGAAGAAAGAAGAAAACCUGCACAGGAUGAGCUCUCCUCUCUCUCUGCCACAACGCCAGAGGACCGUGGGGACACUCAGGCUGGAGCAGGUCUGGAAGAGGAAGUAGAGAGAGUCACUGGAGGUAAAGAAGAGAAGGAGGGGGGAGGAGAGGAAGAAUUGUGCACAGAUGCCGGGAAGAGAGACAGAGAGAAAGCAGCUCUGGUCAUCCAGACACACUGGAGAGAACACAGAAACAGGGACAUUGUGAAGUUGCAGUCAGCAUUAAGAGGCCACCUCCUCAGAGAAUCACAGCUCAAGGACCUCCUGAGAGACGCGCAGAAAAAGGCUGUAGAAGCAACAAACCGCAGUGAUGUUUUGUCCUCCGAAAAAGGAGUGCUGGAUGUGGUUGCCUUGACGAUGGUGCAGUCUGCAUUCAGAGGACACCUGGCUCGCUGUAGUCAUGUACUAGAGAGCUCGGCGUUCUCUGUGCCUUCUUUAACGGGAAACACUUUACCCAAGCUGGUGCCAAGGAGAGCUCGCCCAACACACACACCCAGCAGAACAGGUGCUGCGUCCCCCCAUAAAGAUGAUGAAAAGCAGGGUGAGGAAGAAGAACUCCGGCUUGUCUCUAGCACUCACCCAUCCAGGAUAACACCCACAACAGAGCACACUGAGCUUCAUCGCUCAGCUGAGUCUGGCGGAGCCGCUGCAGCUGACUCUGACGAUUCUGAUGACAUCAUCAUGUCUCCGUCACGUCCUCUGAGAAGCAGAGAAGUCUUAAUCUUAUAGACCUUAUGGGUUAUUUGCGUGUUUCUGUGUGUGUGACAGAGAGUGUGUGUAGGAUGAUUUUCUGCCUGUUUCUACUCAGAGCCUGUAUGUCAGAGACUUGCACAGUCAUACAGCGCCAAAUCUUUAUGGUUUGGGUUCUUACUGAACCUGCAAAUGAGAGCUGAAAUAUCCCAAUAAUAGCCAGGAUAACAUAAAACAUACAUUGCUGUCUGCAAAGUGCUUUUUUUACUCUACAGUAAUAUGCAGAGUAUUGCGGGAAGCUGGGUGAACAUUUAUGACAUGAAGUUAAGAGGCACAUAAACAUCUCACUUUAGGAUUCUGUCAAAAUACAACAUGUCAGUGCAUCCCAGUGCUGAUGUGAGGCUGCAGGAUUUUCUCUUUUACUGUAGGAGAAAGCACUCACAUGAACAUGAAAUCGACAUCCCCUUUAAUUUCAAGCUAUUAUUCUCGUGGUUUAUCAUUUGUGCCAAAGUGCCUACUGCAUGAUUAUUCAAAUCAAAAUUACGGAAAUGAAUAUAUUCAUUUCUCCUGACCCGACUGGCUCAAGUCCUCUGGAUUUCACAAGCUUGAAAUUAUUAAUGAAUCACAUUUUGACACGCCUGAUUUGUAACACACACUACACGAAUCUGUCAUGUGCGCUUGAUAAAUUAUAGCUGAUCCUGAGGUAUGACUGAGGGAUGAUUCUUAACUGAUGCACUAUUGAUUCAAACUGUGAAUAAAUUAUAGAUCAGUCUGCUGCAAUACUAAACACACAGUCUGUAUAGUGGAGGAUACACAGGGAAUGUGUCUAAUGCCAGUGACACUAAAUAGACAAAUGAUAACCUAUAGGUGGUCAACAAAAAGAAUGGAUGACGGCAGUUUUCCCCACAUGAUGAGUGUAACUUAAUUUCUGAGACAUUCAAUAAAAUGCUGUUUUAUAAUUAAA